AUGGCUGUCGCUAUUGAUUCUCCCGCCAAGUGUGAAUUGCGAGCUGUUAUUUGUUUCUUGCAGGCAGAAGGGAACAGUGCAGCGAGAAUUCACCGAAGAAUGAGUCGAGUGUAUGGAAACAGCUGUAUGAGUGAUGGCGUUGUUCGUGAAUGGUGUCGAAAGUUUAAAGAUGGCCGAACUGAUGUGCAUGACGAAGGGGGUCAAGGACGCAAGUCUGUCGCUGCAGACGACAUUGUUCAACGAGUUGACCAAGCGGUUAAGCAAAAUCGAAGAUUCACCAUAAGUGAAUUAUCGAUGAAAUUUCCAAAAGUUUCAAGAUCUUCCCUGUACUCUAUCAUUACUGAACAGUUGCGCUACAGAAAAAUGUGCGCUCGCUGGGUCCUACAGAUGUUGAUGACCACCACAAAACUCGCCGAAUGGUUGCAGCGUUUGAGUUUCUUGACCGUUACAAUACUGACGGAGAAGAGUUUUUGA